AUGCAGUUUCGGGAGUUACAGACAUAUGCGAGACAAAUCGUGGCGAAAUUAGAAGACUACAGAGAAAGAGAUAAGAUAAGGGAUGCCGAACUUGCAUUAAUGAAAGAAAAGCUCUCAAUAGUGAUAUCUUCUUUUGAAGCAGAGAAAGCAAAGAUUAUUGCGGAAUAUACUCUUAAAUUUCACGAGAACAAAACGAAACUUGCUGAACAUGAAUAUGCCUUGGCAUCUUUAAAGACCUCGUAUGACGAAUCUCAGCGAGCUAGACUGUAUAAUGAAGACAGAAAAAAUGAAAUACAGGAUGAUUUAAUGGUGACCAUGAGAGAGAAUGAUAUUUUAAAGGCUAAUAACGAAGAGUUGCAGGAGACUGUAGUAGAACUCUACGAGGAUACAAAAUUUUUGAGGAAAACUCUUCAAAAUGCGUAUAAUACCAUGGAAAUGGCAUAUCAUAGCCGUGCGAGAGGCUAUUCUAAUGUGUCAGGCAAACAAAACUCAACCUUCAAUAAGAAUCUCAACGCAGAGGAUAGAGCCACCUCUCGAGAAAUAUUGGAGGCGUUACGGAAAGAAAUAGUCCAGAAGAAUGGAGAGGUUGAUGAAUUAACUCAGUUACUUGGGGAAAAACAGGGCGAGAUAGUUGUGUUGAAGGCAGAGAAUGUGAGCUUGAGCAGAGGUGAAAACACUGAAGUUCUCGCAAAAGUGAAACCGACCAAAAUUGGAAAUAGUCUUACAUCCUCGAGAAUUUGCAAAAGAGACUCCAGCCAAAACGAUAUGAUUUUGAAGGCUAAGACACCCGGAUCGAUGAGAAGGAAAGUAUCUGAUACCGAAAUUUUCACACAGAAGUCUUCAAGUCAAAAAAUGAAUGCAGAGCCAGGAGGAAAGGAUUUGAGGAAAGGCAAGCAAGUAGAAACUUUAGUACAGCGAGAAGUGAAUAAGUCAAAGAAGAGACGGAGACUUCUGAACCAAUCAACCAUAGAAGACGUACAGCGAGUGUAG